AUGUCUAACGAAAUUGCUGAAUUAGCUGCUGAGUUGAAGGGUUCCUUGAGAAAGUUCCCAGAUUUCCCAUCCAAGGGAAUUUUAUUUGAAGAUUUCUUGCCAAUUUUCUCUAAGCCAGAAUUAUUCAACAAGUUGCUUACUGCUUUCAAAUUGCACAUUGGUGACAAGAAGAUCGAUUAUGUCGUUGGUUUAGAAAGUAGAGGAUUCCUUUUCGGUCCUACCUUGGCCUUGCAAAUUGGUGCUGGUUUCAUUCCUGUCAGAAAGCCAGGAAAGCUUCCAGGUCCAGUUUCAUCUGUUGAAUUCCAAAAGGAAUAUGGUUCUGACAGAUUUGAAAUGCAAGAAGGUGUCAUUCCAGAAGGUUCUACUGUUUUGAUCGUUGAUGAUAUUUUGGCUACUGGUGGUAGUGCUUUUGCUGCUGGUGAACUUGUCAAGAAGGCUAAGGGUGAAAUCGUCGAAUACUUGUUCGUUAUGGAAUUGGAUUUCUUACAUGGUAGAGACAAAUUAGGUAGGCCAGUUUUCACCUUGUUAUCUGGUCAAGAUAAGAAACUUGAAUAA